CAACGUUGAGCUUAUUUUGGUUUGUAGUCAAAUGUACGCUUGUGUGUAAAUAUUUAACUUUUCCUUGAUUAUAGCAAAUGCUGAAUGUAAGAAAGCUGAGCUAAAUAACAUUUGUUUCGCGUUGUUUCACACCAGACAAGAUACGUAAGUAGAGAGGAAGUGCUUCACGUGAAACUAUGCUAGUUUGCUUACUGAGCUCUCCGACUGAUCAGCACUAUCUGUCAUCAAAUCAGGCAUAAAGCAGGCUGAUUAACUGCUCUGACUGCCAUGGAGUUUCUCCCAGUGCUUGACCCAAUAGACAAACCCAAAGAAGGAGUGUGGUAUUCUCUAAUACCCAGAGGAAGUAUUCCAGGUGUUAGUGUGGGUCAUACCUGCACGUUUAUUACCUCUGAAGACGGUAGAAAAGGAAGAAUCCUGAUUGUUGGAGGAGCCAAUCCCAGUGGCAGUUUCUCAGAUUCCUGUAUUAUAAAUUUAGAUAACCAUGAGUGGGACACUGCACACUGGAAAGGUUUGGAAGCCCGGUACGAACACUGCAGCUUUGUGCCAGAGAGCUGCCCACAGAGCCUCUGGGUGUUUGGCGGUGCACAGAAGACAGGCAAUCGCAACUGUAUCCAGAAAAUACAGCUUUCCGAUAAUGAACCAUGCUGGAAGAGUGUAAUGACAAAAGGAGAACCUCCAAGUCCCAGGACGUACCAUACCAACUCAGCCUGCAUCGGGGACAAAUUGUUUGUGUUUUCUGGUGGAGAAGCGGGUGCUGAUCCUGUCCCAGACGCCAAACUCCACGUCUUUGACACAGUGUCUUCCACUUGGUCCCAGCCAGAAACACAAGGCAGGCAGCCGGCAGCCAGACACGGCCACGUUGUUGCUGCAGUUGGCUCGAGGAUUUACAUUCAUGGAGGCAUGGCCGGAAACAAGUUCCACAAUGAUCUGUACUCUCUUGACUCAAGGAACAUGAAGUGGGAGAAAAUACAGACCAAAGGAGAUAUACCACCAGGAGUAGCAGCCCAUUCAGCUGUGGUUUUGGGCUCAAACCUGUACAUUUUUGGAGGAAUGACUGCAGAUGGUGCCAUCAACUCCAUGUAUAAAUUUAACACAGAUAAAAACAGAUGGACCCUACAGAAAUUUGAAGGCGAUAUGCCUCCAAACCGUCUGGACCACUCCAUGUGUUUAGUGCCAUGGCAGAUGAGUGAGGUCACUGGAGAUGGAAAGCAGGCAAGCAGCUCAUCCUCCACAGGAACCAUAAAUCUUGCUUUUGUGUUUGGAGGGAUGGACACACAGGGUGUCAUACAUAAUGACUGUAUUGUAACUGUUGUGAAAUGAAGAGUUAAUAAAAUGUGAAACAAG